GCGGCGCCCAGGAGAGCAAUAAACAUGGAACAGAAAGCAGCUAGUUCGUGACUAGGUCGGCGAUGAAACAAGGCCAGCAUGAUUUCCCUGGCUAAUAAAUAUCUGUCGCGUAUACAUUACAACGUCGUUAGACAUCUACCUCUGCCUGCCAGUGUAUCUCUUUUGCACAGAGAGCGCUUGAGAUCAACUCGCUCACUGGCGCGACGAUGGUUGUGCACAAGCAACAGUGAGGAAAAGCACUUGUUAAUCUCUCAAUGCGAGGUGCGCUACGAAUGGAAGGAUCCAAAGUCCGAUGACGAAGUGGUCAAUAUCACCUAUGUCAAAAAAGAUGGAUCGAAAGUGGCGGUACGGGGCAAAGUUGGCGACAACCUGUUGUACUUAGCUCAUCGCCAUGGCAUCGAGAUGGAAGGCGCUUGCGAAGCUUCUCUAGCGUGUACGACUUGUCACGUGUACGUGAGGGAGGACUACUACGACAAGCUGCCAGAACCCGAUGAAAAAGAGGACGACCUCUUGGACCUGGCGCCAUUCCUCAAAGAGAACUCCAGGCUUGGAUGCCAGAUCGUGUUGACCAAGGACCUGGAAGGGAUGGAGGUGACGUUGCCGCAGGCGACACGCAACUUCUACGUUGAUGGCCACGUGCCACAGCCACACUAAGGCCCCACUCGCCAGCUUGUCUGUGUAGCAUACUUGUAUUAUUGUACAGAUUUUAGUAAUUAAAAGCAUGUGCAGUUC